AUGGAGUUCUACCUGGAGAUCGACCCUGUCACCUUGAACCUGAUCAUCCUAGUUGCGAGCUACGUCAUCUUGCUCCUGGUUUUCCUUAUCUCCUGUGUGCUGUACGACUGCCGAGGCAAGGACCCCAGCAAGGAGUACGCUCCUGAGGCCACUCUCGAUGCCCAGCCCUCCAUCCACCUGGUGGUGAUGCAGCAAAGUGCUCCUGGGGCCCACUGGGCAAGGGGGUCUGGUCUUCAUCUGGGGGAUCGUGCUCUGCUAGGGAAGAAAAGCACCAUGGUGUGA